AUGUCGGCAACGAAAUCUCCCAUUGUGGAUAUCCAUACCCACGUUUACCCGCCUUCAUACAUAGAACUGCUGAGAUCCAGGUCCAGCAUACCGUAUAUCCGCUCUUUCCCACCCUCAACAGACCUGCGCCUGGUGAUCCUGCCAGCUGAGGACACAGAGAGUACAUCGAGAGGAAGGCCGGUGGGUGCCGAGUACUACGACAUCAACGAGAAGAUCAAGUUCAUGGAUACACACUCCAUCGACAUCUCCGUCAUCUCGCUAGCCAACCCAUGGCUCGACUGGGUCCCCCAAGAUGAAGCUGCAAAAGCAGCCCAACAGAUCAACGACGAAGUGAACUCCGAGUGCGAGAAGUUUCCCGGCAGGCUAUUCGCCUUUGGAACCCUCCCCUUGAGCGGCGGCGCGGCGGCGAUUGCGCAGGAGAUCAAGCGCUUGAAAGGAUUGCGGUACAUGCGGGGUGUCAUUCUCGGCACCACGGGCCUGGGGAAGGGUCUGGACGACCCGGAACUCGUGCCAGUCUUCCAGGCGCUGCAUGAUGUGCAGAUGCCCGUCUUCCUGCAUCCGCACUACGGCCUCCCGGGCUCGGUCUGGGGGGAGCGAGCGGGUGAGUAUGGUCACGUGCUGCCUCUGGCGCUGGGGUUCCCGCUCGAGACGACGAUCGCCGUGACGCGGAUGAUCCUCUCGGGGGUCUUUGAGAGGGUGCCGGGGCUGCAGAUGAUCUUGGCGCAUUCGGGUGGUACUCUGCCGUUCCUGGCGGGCAGGAUCGAGUCGUGCAUUGAGCACGAUGCGCAUCUGAAGGCCGAAGGCAAGCUUGGGAAGGGGAGGAAAACGGUGUGGGAUGUUCUCAAGAAAAACAUCUACUUGGAUGCUGUGGUUUACAGCGAGGUGGGACUGGAGGCGGCCAUUCAGGCUAGUGGGGAGGAUAGGGUUAUGUUUGGGACCGAUCACCCGUUCUUUCCUCCUUUGGAAGAGGAGGAUAGCAAGUGGGCGAGUGUCGAGACGAAUUACAUCGCGAUCAAGGGGGCACUGGGAGCGGGUGAUGAGGCUAAAGGUGCAUUGGGUGGAAAUGCCAUUAGAGUACUGAACUUGGCGUGA